AUGUCUGACGAACAAGCAAAGGGCUCAGGAGCUAUCCUCUGUGACAUGUGUACAGGGGAGGACAGGAAACCAGCACGGAAGACCUGCAUGAAAUGUGAGAUCUCCAUGUGCGUCCAGCACCUCCAGGCCCACCUCACCACUCCUGUGUUACUCCAAACUCAUCCUCUGACCGAGCCAAUGGCCUCAGGGGAAACAGGCUUAGGUGGCACCACUAAAUGCCCCCAGCAUGGCAAACUCCUGGAGUACUACUGCUUGGAUGACAUGACCUGUGUGUGUGUUUCCUGCGCCACUGAAGACCAGCACCGUCUGCACAAUAUGAAGACCUUCUCCACAGCCCACAAAGAGCUCCUGGCAAAGCUCAACGAUGCCAGUCAGCAGGCCUUACUGGUGAAAGUUGAUUCCCAGAGUAUGAGUCUGGAAAAGUGGGAUAAGAGUGAAAGAGAGAAGCUGGGUCGCUCUAGCGUGCGUCUCAUUGAGGCUGUGACUAACCUGCGUGACAUCACCCUGACCAGUGUCCAGAGUUCAGUCUCUGCCCGGAUGGUGUCCAUCAGAACCAGCAAGAGCAGCAUGCAAGCUGCACAGCAGGAGAAGGACACCUUCAGAUUCCUGCAGAUGUAUUCUCAGGUGCAUCAGGAUGUGGAGAAGGCCAAGGCUGUGGAUCUGAGGAAAGGCUUGGAGCCUGGCAGUGAUCAGGAUAAACUGGUUCAGGAGAUAACACAGAAUUGGGAAAGGACAGUGAAGCAGGCAGGCCAAUUCUGGGGAUCCCUGCUGACUCUGGUUGAUCCAGAGAACCACCAGGAGCUCACUGCUACUGGUUCAGACCUUAUCUUUGACCCAUGGAGCUGUGGCCCUAGCAUGUCGCUGUCCAAAGACAAAAAAAAAGUUUUCUACAGCAGUUGGCAGGAGCAAUGCUCUGCCACUCUUCUGAUCCGUAGUACCCAUGGAGUUCCUAACAUUCAAAGGUGGAUGAUUAGUCUUUCCCCGGACUUUGACUGGACCGUAGGUUUAUGUGAUGAACGGUCUGCAAUGAACUUGAGGGAUGGAAAGGUUUUUGGACAUGCCUAUGGUCUGUGCUGCAAAGGUAACCAUCCCAGCUCUCUCUCGAUUUUAGAUUAUUUUGAUUGUGUUAGUCACAAGUCAAAUGUUAGGAGAAGAGUCCCCAGAUCUACAAGUCAUUUAUCCAGCCGGUGGAGACGAAUUGAAAACGAGGCCAUACCGCGACCUGAAAUGGUUGAAGUGUUUUGGAACUCUGUUGCCUCCUCGCUGUCCUUCUUCAGCAGAAAUGGACAGCACCAGAGGGAAGAAAUAAUCACGAUUGAAGUGAGGCAGACCUACGGCCUGGUCCCCUUUGUUCAACUAGAAAAGGAAAAUGUCAAAAAUAUAACCCAGCCACGUUUGCGGUGCCGAUGUGGGAAUUCUUUUCUCAAGAAAGACAAUGGAUACAGUGAUGGAAGCCGCGACUACCCUCAACAGGGUAAUUGUCAAUGUGGAGCAAUUAUUGGUGACGUAUGCAUCACAGAGGUGGUUUGUGAACUGCAGUAAUGAGUGAGAUACUUUGAUCAUUGCUCAUCAUUAGCCAAAGCUAAGAACUGCAUGGCUACUAAUAUCUACAGUUAUAAUGUCUCUUGUUUUCAUUGGAUGAGCAUAAAUCUCACUGACUGUUGUUAUAGUAGAGUUCUGGCAGUGUGAAUAUUAGUAAUAGACCAAUUGCUUACAUAAUAAGCAAUGUAACAUCUUCAGCUGAAUGUAUUUUCAUUUUUGUGAUUUGGUUUGGGGACUUACUUCUUAUGUAAACAACAAUGAUAACUUUAAUGUUGCUGAUAUUUUCACAUAGUACAUGUAUUUUACGGUUUACAGUCCUAACAUUUGUGUCAUACUUACGUUGUUAAUGGUCCGAUCAUUAAAACGGCAAGCAAAAUGUUGAGACUUGAGUGUCCAGAGUUAUUUGCAUAUUAUAGCACAUGUAUGCAAAACAAGUUAAAUGUAAGAUUUAUCAAGAGAGGUGGAGCAAAUCUAAAGAUGUGAAUGUUAUUGGAUAUAAAUCAAGAAAAUGUAAAUGAACAUGAUGAAUGAAUUAUAAGAUUUAUAAAGUCUGCUAGUCCUUUUUUAAAAGUCCUGUCACUUCCUCAUUUCUAAUAUAUGACAUGAAGCUUAUCUAAUAUGACCUAAUAACGAGGCUGAACCGAAGUCCAUCUGCAGUCUAACUUCACCCCCUGAGUGUUUGAUUUAGCAGUAAACGAAACUGCUGCUGUGGGAGACUCGUCAGACCAGAAACGGGAGAACAACUAAAUUCGUCAGAUGAGCCUCAACAACUUGGACCUGGCCCCCUUUUUUCAACU